AUGCCAAAUCUUGUCAAGAGCAAUGCAAUUUUAAUGUUUGGAAUAUUAGUGCCAUUAUCAUUGUUGCAAGAGAAGUGGAAUUUCAAACAUCUCAUUUUUGAGGAGUCGAAUUUUAAAAAUUUUACUCUCAAAACAAAUAAAGCCAGUAAAGAAAUGGUUAACCAUACUAACCAGUCUUUAGAAGACAGUUUGUGGUGUUUGCAAUACAAUUUUGAAAUCUAUAAAACAGAAGUUGUUCGAUGGAAUCUCAUUAUAUCAUGUUGUGUUGCUAUUCUGUUAAGCUGUUUGAUAGUAGCUGCCAAUGGAUUGCUGCUUAUGCUUGUGUCAGCAAAAAAAUCUGCAAGAAGCAAAAUGAACACAUUAUACAUCAUGCUAUCCAUUUCGGAUUUAUUAUCUGGACUCACGUAUAUUCCUGUGUAUAUUUAUUUCUUGAUUGGAUUCUGCAAAAACUCGCCAUAUUGUUUUUUAGUCCCAAUAUGGUCAGUUUUAGGCUACGCAAACACAACAAUGUCCAUUUCAGCAAUCGCUUGCAUCACAAUGGAAGUCUAUUUAGCAGUAAUUAAUCCAAUUGCUCACAAAACGCGCGUAAAUAAGAAAAUAUUUCCUAAAAUUUUAAUAGCAAUAUGGUUGGUGUGUAUAAUAUCGCCUUUCGUUAUAAAGUUUGCUUUUCCAAAGGUCUGGUUGACAUAUCGAGCGUUCAUUACGAUUUAUGGAUUCACCAUUCUUGUAUCGUUAAUAAUAUGUCAAUACCGAGUCAAUGCUUACUUACACAAAAAUCAAGGAAGUUCGUCAGAACAUCGAAAUAAAAAGGCGAUACGCGUUGCCUUAGAAGUGCUGCUUGUGUACGGAAUGACCAGUGUUCCAUCAAUUGCUUUUAACAUAAUUAACACUUUGAAACACUCACCAGCGAAUCAUUCGUAUUGGGAAACAUGGGUUGUUAUUAUCGCAGGAUGCAAUGCAUUGUUGGAUACAUUUAUUUAUGGUUUUCGUACAAAUCAGCUAAAACGAGAAGCACGCGUUUUUGUAUUUAGAGAAUGA